AAUAUAACUGUCAUUUGUCAUUUUAUAUUUAUUUUAAAAGUUGGUGAAACUGUUCUUCACAAUCCUUUGUAGGCCGUGUAUAAUACGUAAAGGCCAAAAUGGGUAGACGACCUGCGAGGUGCUACCGUUAUUGUAAAAACAAACCCUACCCCAAAUCUCGUUUCUGUAGAGGUGUCCCAGAUCCAAAAAUUCGUAUUUUCGAUUUGGGUAAGAAGAAGGCUACCGUAGAAGAUUUUCCUCUAUGUGUACAUUUAGUAUCCGAUGAAUAUGAACAGCUAAGUUCUGAAGCAUUAGAAGCAGGACGUAUCUGUUGUAACAAAUAUUUGGUAAAGAACUGUGGUAAAGAUCAAUUCCACAUUCGUAUGAGACUCCAUCCUUUCCAUGUUAUCAGAAUCAAUAAGAUGUUGUCAUGUGCUGGAGCUGAUAGACUCCAGACUGGAAUGAGAGGAGCUUUUGGCAAGCCCCAGGGUACAGUUGCUCGUGUGCGUAUUGGUCAACCUAUUAUGAGUGUACGCUCUAGUGAUCGUUUCAAGGCUGCAGUUAUUGAAGCUCUCCGUCGUGCCAAGUUCAAGUUCCCAGGUCGUCAAAAGAUCUAUGUAUCAAAGAAAUGGGGAUUCACCAAGUAUGAACGUGAACAAUAUGAAAAUCUAAAACAACAAGGUAGAUUAGCUCCUGAUGGUUGUAAUGUUCAAUACAGGCCAGAGCAUGGACCUUUAGCAGCAUGGAAGAAGGUUCAAGAUGACAUCUAUGCUUAAGUUUAUUUUUUCAUAUAAAUUUAUUUGAAAUAAAUUUAUCAAUUUAU